AUGUCGCCGAAAAGAAAGUUAGGAAGCCAGAGCCCGACCAACAUGUCUCCUAAGAAGAAAAAGACUCGAGUGAUGCCGACCGCAAAACUACACCAAUGGACCGCUAAGGGUUUCGAGCAAAUGGUUUACACGCCUCCAGCAUGCUCGCUCCCAUCACCCUUUGCAACCAAUCUUCAGAUAGACCAGCACAUCAGAGAUAACAUCAAACAGUUUGGAUUGGCUCUUCAGAACACAUUCGAACCAGCCUUCAACAACCCUCAGAAGGGUGGUGCUCGCGAAAAUAUCCUGGCCUUCUGCGAGGAUGAAAAACUGGUUUGGUUGGAUCCUUUGCAGCCGCUAGCACUGGAGACAGGCGAAGGGGUGUAUCUAACCCAGGGAGAGGACGAGGAACUAGGACUCAUCAGGUUCAAAAGAGUAUUUAGCGAAUAUGCUGUUCAGUGGUUCGGUUUUGUGCGCAAAGACUCAGAGCUGGUUGUCAACGGACAAAAAUACCCCAGCACUUGUGACUUUGUCAUCGGACCGUUCCCUGCGUUCUCGAUUCUGGAAUACCACGACCGAGUUGUGUUUCUUUACCUGAGCCCUGAGGCCCUCGAUCACAUACCUGGCAAACUCGACACCCAGCAAACUAUUGACCGCAUCGUUGGAAAGUUCAAGAAAGAACAAGACUCCAAAGACAAGGACAAGGGAGUGGCCGCCUCGACCCAAGGAGGGACAAUCGAUUCCUCGAUAACUGUGAGAACUGAACCCGAGAUCCAGCCCGAGGAUUCGGAUUCGUGUGCAUACUUCAAAUGGAGAAUGACGGAAUGGAGACUCCUCUUGCAGCGAUCCGGCGUUAGCCUACGCGAUCCCGUCCAAGGAUCUGAUGCCAGGAAACAGGGAGUAUGGCUUUUCGAUAGCUCGGUUUGGCGGGCAAUCGCUUCAGUCACUGCGGCAAUCGGCGUGGAGCACAACGUAGACUUUGCCAUGAUUGAUGAGGAAGGCUACAGACGAGCAAGAGUAUACAAUGGCGACUACAGAGACCUCGUCACCACUGGUCGCAAUGGAGAGCUCUUCCUGCCCUACAACACAGAAGAAAAGGAGGGUACGCACUGGCUGCUCGUCCAUGUCAAGUACGUGAACGACACACCCGAAAUCCACACUUACGACGCUCCGAACAAAGACCCUGAAGAAUACGCUUGGGACCCUCUGACAUCGCCCGGAUACAACCAAGGACAGAUCAAAACGAUCAAGAGGACCGUUUUACAAACCGGCUUGUACGACGAUCCCAUGUUCAUGGCCGACGAUCUCGACAACAUUCCCAUCACGCAUCAUCCUGUAAAAAAACAACCAAAUGGUUUCGAAUGUGGUUAUUACACCAUUCUGUAUUCCUGGGCUAUCGCCCUCGGCAUGCAGCCUGGCACGAAGGAGCACACAGCGGCAUCAGGUGCCAGGAUUGAUGAACUCAUCGAGUUGAUCAACCUAGCUACCGCUGGGUUCAUGGAUUCGGCUACCAUUCAAGCCUUUAUGCGUUGUGUUGGCUUCUUGGAUCCUGCCCACAGCACCAUCGCCGCCGAUCGUCACUUCACCCGCACCGUACCUUUCCUAGCAAAGACGUCGGUCAACAAAUACAUCCUUCAGCGCAGAGAGAUUGACAGGAACCCCGCCUCGGCCACCAGACGUAUCGAUUUAAACACCAUGCGCAUCCUCCUGGACUCAGCCAACCCUGGCGCCUUGGAACUCGAUCGCAUGAGUCCUGACACGAUUCUGCUGCACUUUGACAAAUGGCUGAAGGAACGCAACCUCGUGGAUACCACCACUCCUCCCAGCCCAACAAGUCCACAAACCAUUCGCUUGACUUUCGCCAUCGCGCAAUCGAUGGGUAGUGCCGAAUGGGACGUUCCAGCUCAGUUGCCCGACGACACGCGCAUACUGCGCCAGAUCUGGGAUAUCUACCAUCAAGCGCUCAAGAAAAGAGGAUAUCUUGGCGAAGCACGGGUAGAGCGAGCCAAAGAUCUUGCAGAUGGAAAAUUUUCAUCUCAGGAGACCGUUACUGAUGCCCACUACCCUUACGGUGAUCCCAAGCUCGUUGCUCUCAGUAGACUCGGCAUGCUGCCUACCACAAACACUCUUGCACCAGGCGAGAGAGAGGUUUUGAGACGAGCUUCGGAGUUUCAUGGGACGUUCUCUAUAUAA